AACACCAGUUUCCAAUUUCUCGGCACAGUUUUUGUGUUCUCUGUUCUUGUUCUGUUCUCCUUGUUUUGUUUGAGAACAGUUAAAAUAUUUAACUCAUUAGUUAACUAUAUUUUGUAACAAUUAAAUGUUAAAUUAACACAAUCAUGAGUUCAUUAACGGAAGAACAACGUCGCCGGAUUGAGGAGAAUCGUCGCAGAGCGUUAGAAUUGCGAGCGGCGAAAAGCGAAAAUAAUAACGCUACGAUAAGGUCGAUAGGUCAACAACCACCCCCAACCCCUAAGGCACCUUUCGAGAAUCGAAGUAACCUUUCGACGACGACGACACCUGCACAAAAUUUUUAUCGUACAACUAAUAAUGUCCCUCCAAAAACCGAUGGUGCCCCAACGCCCUCGACGUCAUCCCGACCAACGCCAAAAGUUCCGCCGCCACCGUUCGGGACGAAACCUAUUUCCGGGGUGGCUUCGUUAAUUACAAGGGAUCGAUUUAAAGUGGACAUGACCUUUCAUCAGCAAGCCAUUGCAAUAUUUAAGAGUAUAAGUGGCGCACAGUACAGUCCGCAAAGUAAAACGUGGAACUUUCCGGUAUCCGAACAUGCCAAACUCGUCUCCUCGAUGGAAUGUUUGAAACCUUCGGUGGCUGUGGGAUGGUUACCGUCAACCGUUUUGAAAAUGUGCCGAACUUCAUCGCCUCAAAGUAACAAUGAUGACGUCGACCUGUCCUCCAUCGACCCGAUUCUCGUCCGGGCCCUUAUUCCGUUUCAGAAGGAAGGCGUUAUUUUCGGGAUAAAAAGAAAUGGUCGCGUCCUCAUCGCGGAUGAUAUGGGACUGGGCAAGACAAUUCAAGCGUUGGGAAUUGCACACUAUUAUCUGGAAGAUUGGCCCCUCUUAAUCGUGGCGCCGUCGUCGAUGAGGUACAAAUGGAGAGAAUCUAUUUUCCAAUGGCUCCCCACCAUCCCUGGCGGUUCAAUUACCAUCCUAGAAACGGGGAAGGAUACCUUCAAGUCGUCCAAAGUUGUCAUUGUCAGUUACGAUCUGUUACAACGGAGACACGAGGAAUUUUCUGGGUUUAAAGUCGUCAUAAUUGACGAAUCCCACCAUUUAAAAAACUUCAAAACUGCCCGAACCAAAGCUGCCUUACCAAUUUUACAAAAUGCUAAACGCGUCAUGCUCCUCAGCGGAACGCCAGCCUUGUCCAGACCGAUAGAACUUUUCCCUCAAAUUACGGCCAUUAGUAAAUACAUGUUUUCAAUGAAUGACUUUGGGAUUCGCUAUUGUAAUGGGAAGAAGAGUUCGUAUGGUUGGGAUUAUUCGGGAUCAUCGAAUAUGCAAGAACUGAACAUAGUGCUGGCAGAGACAAUUAUGAUUCGUCGCCUAAAAUCUGAAGUAUUAAAAGAAUUACCUCCAAAAUUUAGAAAACUUGUAUCUUUGGACUCUAUUCACAUCAAGUUGACGAGUAGAGAGCUCCAAGCAAAAGCACAAGCCUUCAAUGACGGGAAGCACUUAAAAAUUGGUGAAGCUGAGAAGAGAAAAAGAUUACUCGAGUAUUACAGUGAGUCGGCCAAAGUUAAGCUGCCCGCAGUCAGUUCUUACAUCAGCGAUUUAGUCGAAGCUGGGAAAAAGUUCAUAUGUUUCGCCCAUCACAGAACAUUAAUUGAUGGAAUUUGUGAGUAUUUAGAGAGUGUAAAAUGCAAAUAUAUUAGAAUUGAUGGAAAUAGUAGUUCUGAAGAUCGUCAAUAUUGCGCGGAUCAGUUUCAAUCUCGGGAUGAUAUUCGUGUCGCUGUAUUAUCAAUCAUGGCUGCUAAUUCUGGACUCACCCUCACCGCCGCAGGCCUCGUCGUAUUCGCUGAACUAUAUUGGAACCCUGGCAUUCUCACCCAAGCCGAAGACCGCGCCCACCGUAUCGGCCAAGAAGGCAGCGUCGUGGUAGAAUACCUGCUCGCUAAGGGAACCGCUGACGACGUUCUCUGGCCCAUGGUGCAAGUCAAGCUCAACACACUGAAUGAAGCCGGUCUCAGCAAAGAUAACUUCCACGACGCUACAGCAACCGGUUACUUCUCAUCCGCUGCGAUGAUGAACACCUCAUCAUCAUCAAACUUAAGCCAGACCUCUCAACAGAAGCAAAUUCAAGACUAUUUCACCAAAAUGGAAAGCUCCACUUCAAAAAGUACUGAAAAUAAUGUGAUGGACACCUCGUCAUCAUCAUCAAACUUGAGCCAAACCGGUCAACAGAAACAAAUUAAAGACUAUUUUACCGCAUCCACUUCAAAAAAUACUGAAAAUAAUGACGACGCUUUUGACGUUUCUGCCGAGGAUGAUGCCAUCUUAAUGCAAAUGAUGGCAGGCUGGUGAAGAAUAUGAUAUUUAUUUCGAAAUGCAAAAUAUUUUAUGCGUUUCCUAAUAUAAUUGAUGACAAACGUGUCUGACGAACAUAAAUUUAUUAAAGCGUUAAUCGUUCCUAUAUAUGAUUGUCACAGUUUUAUAAAAAUGCAAUUGAGAGAUAUUUAAGUGACAAUAAUACACAAAGGAUUUCUUAUAUUUA